ACUGACUAGCAGAGGACAGUAUAAUAGUGACUCACGGUCGUUACGUCGGCAAAGCAUUACAUUUAAAAACGAUUAAUAACUAAGCAACAGUAAAUUAUGACUGAGGCAGAUGGGCUCAACCGCCGAAAAACACCACAUACGAAGUUGGAGGUGCUCAGUGAGCGGACCCUCCCUGUUUCUGCACACAGGUUCCUCUUCGGUCAUCCUGAUCAGUUCCCUGUCGCCCGGUUUGUUGCUGGAGUGGCCUUUGGGGUUUUUGGUGGGCUGGGAUUAUUCAUCGGGCUAACACACAACAUUCCCAUGUCCGCUUUGUACAGAUGGAUUUCAGGAUACGUUUUCGUGGGUCUCUGUAUUAUUGGUGCGGUAAUCUCCUCUUAUUUUCGGUGUUCGGUCCUCCUGAUGCUUCCCUGCAUGCUGAGCUCCCAUGGGAGGACCUACAUCAUGCUCUUAGUCCUGUACGCUGUCUAUCAAGGUCCUGUUGCCAACAUCCAUCGUAAUGUCCAGGAUGUGGCUUUCUCUAUGGGAUGCAACAUUGACCUUCAGGUGGAGCACAGCAAAGUCAUGUGGAAGGCUCUGCUUGAUCCUCUCGUGAACGUGGUGCAGAACAUUGUGGAUCACAAAGAUGUGCUUCAAGAUGAAGCUGAGAACGUGAGCAGGAUGUUCCAGAACAUCACAGAGGAGAUAAUGGGGGAGUACGGUUAUGACACCAAGGAUCAGAAGCUUCCAGGGACAGGGAACAGCACGCAGGAACAGUUUUUUGCCAAGACAUUGAUGCGCUGUGACUGUAGCUGGGAGGGAGCAAAAAUGUGGACCAUCUAUGGGUCUCAGAGGACCGGGUUGGGAACCACUGCCAUAAAUCUGAUAUUUGAUGUGGUACAGAAUGGGAUAAUUCAGUGCCGGAACUGGUUCAAUUCCACGUGGCAGAAGUGCAUGAGGGACGUCCAAGUCCCUGUAAUCAACCUCAUCCUGUGUGUGCCCCUGCAGCUCGACUUCUUAUGCGACGUCAUGAAAGUUAUGAUUCCGUGGUGCAGACAGGAAAUUCCAGUGGAUGUGAAUUUUGGGGAUGUGUAUGACAAGUUAAAUGACUGCAUUAACAGACUGCGAGGUGAUUUCGGCGCCAGUGUGGUCUACAAGAGGACUGAGCAGGAAUCAAUCCUGUCACAGGAAGAAUUUGUGGAGAAGCUAAGUACAGAAUUUGACAAGAAAAUGGUUGUUUUAGAGCAGAUUCUGGAUGUCUUCCAUGGCCUUCUCUCCUGUUCCUUCAUAUUCAUCUUUAUCUCGGCAUUUAGCUACGCCAGGCAGUAUAACCGUGACAUUUGCUUUGACAAUAUGUACAUCACCACUUACUUCAGACAAAUCGAUGCACGCAGGAGGAAGGCAGGCAAGCGAUACCUCUUGCCAUUGAAGAAGGCUGAACAGCCCUAUCUUAUCAAUCCAUGGAGACUCUGCAUACAUUCGUGUGAGCUCAAGUGUUUGGUUCUAGGUUUGUUGCAGGUUCUCUCUUUAGGCACCUGUAUAGGAUUACUGCUGGUCACCGACUGGGUCCUGUAUCGCAUUUUUGACAUUGUCCGCAAGUACACCCUCACAGAGUUCUCCAUCCACAGCAGCCAUCAUAUGGAAUUCGGCAUUGGAGGACAGUCCAUGCUCGCAGAACUCUUACGGAAAACCUUUCAUGCUUUCAACACCUCUUCAAAUUUGGAGGUGAAGUCCAGCAACAAACACUGCCUGCCCAACCCCAGUGCUUUGAGCUGGGAGGAGUAUCUGUGGAUCUUCUCGCCCCUCUUGGUGAUGGCCGCCAUGUCCUGUUUGCAGAUCUACAGCAAUCGCUUACGCCGGAUCAUCGCCGCGUUCUACUUUCCAAAGCGGGAGAAGAAGCGGACCCUGUUCCUGUACAACCUGCAGAUUCAGAGGCGCAUUUCGUACGUCGACACUCAGCGCAUCCGGCUCAUGAGACGAGGGCGACCGCGUCGGACAGCGGAGGACAAACCUGCUGAGCCGCACACCUCCCCCCAAAAUCUCACUUUAACUGCAUUAUCUAUCAUCUCAGCAGCCCACUGCAGUGUACAGCUUAUCCCUUAUUCCAGCUACGUCUUCUCGGCGCUGCUCUUCAUGCUCGAGAAGUUACCUCUGAAGCUCCAGCGGUGCUGCGUCUGUGGGGGUCGUCAGGGCAGGAGCCAGGCGGUGCGCUGUCCCGAGGAGGUCUGCGAGGCAGUCUACUGCCCCCAGUGCUGGAGGGACCUCGGCCGUCGCUGCUUCGCCUGCAUCCCAUACACGCACUUUGGGCCCGAGAUGCCGUACGACAGCCAUACUUAUGCUGAAUAAGAAAACACAAGCUAGACUGACCACGUGUGUACAGACAGACACAUGAUCGUGCCCCAGAAAAGACAUACAGAUGAACUGAAUAGUGAAUCCACAUGGCCCAGCAGGUCGACCUAAAACUCCAGUUACAUUUAGAAACAGAAACAGGGAUAUGAACAGUGACGGUAAAUCAUAAGACACAUGAAAGAUUAUUUGACAAACGCAGAGAUAAUCCAGCCUUCAGGGUUGUCACACAUGCAAGCAAAGAGAUUUGCUAAAAGACAGAAUAUACUGCAUGUAGCAGUUACCAUGAGAUGUGUGUUGUGCUUUUUUAAAUGCAUAUCCACAGUUCUUAAUUACAUUUGUAGGAUCCUGUCUGAUUAAUAAUUCAUUCUAUGCUGUUACUGGAUGUGUACUGCAAGCAUUUUUUCCCUUUUAAUUACCUCAUAGUCAGUACAGUACAGUUAUUAUGACACUGAAUGAAUUAUAAAUGUAGGAAGCAAUAUUUACAAAAAACAUUAAAAGUAUUUCAUAUCAAA